AAGACGGGGCAAGAGGUUGUGAAAGGCUAGAUUUGAAUUAGUUUAGUCGAGUAACGAGUUGGUUGAUCACGUACGCGAGUUAACAAAAGUAUUGCUUCAACAUAUGUUAGUGAUAUACGGAUAAAUAACGAAAAUAAUAAUAAUGUCUAAUAUUAUAACAACUUUAUUCAUAACAGUGCUAUGUUUUACCUUCAUAAACACUGACACACCAUUGAAGUUUUAUCAAGAAAAGGAUUUCCAUGAAGCUCAAGAACUAACAGAUAAUAAUAUCAGAGAUAUAGCCCAAUUGUCUGAUCGACAACAAUUUAAGAAAGUUCUAGAUGAAAUUCUGAUACCGAGAGUAGUUGGUACUCCUAACCAUGAAAAAGUUGGUAAUUACAUUGCCAACGAGAUGAGAAGCCUAGGUUGGGAUGUCACUGAAGACGUGUUCCCCGAUCAGACCCCUGUCUUUGGGACAUUAAAUUUUAAGAAUAUCAUUGCCAAAUUAAAUCCUAAUGCCGACAGAUAUUUGGUAUUGGCGUGCCAUUACGACAGCAAAUAUACAAGAGAACAUGUUUUUGUUGGAGCAACCGACUCAGCCGUACCUUGUGCGAUGAUGAUCAAUCUUGCUGCGGUUAUGUCGAAGCAGUUGGAUAAGUUGAAGAAUUCAUCACCAAGUCUUAUGUUCAUAUUCUUUGACGGUGAAGAGGCGUUCAGGCAAUGGGGACCCAAAGAUUCUAUUUAUGGUGCCAGGCAUUUAGCUAAGAUGUGGCACGGGACUCCGUACAAGGAUGGUGCUAAUCAUUUGCAAAGAAUGGAUGUCUUAGUUCUAUUGGAUCUUCUCGGCUGUCCCGAUCCAGUGUUCUACAGCUACUUCAAGUCCACUGAAAAAUGGUACAUACGCAUGGCAGCCGCUGAGCAACGGUUAGCGGAACUCGGACAGAUGUCUGCGUAUUCACCGGACAAAGCUGAGCAAACAUACUUUAGGCUCUCUAGCUCGAAUGCAGUCAUCGAGGACGAUCAUAUACCGUUCAUGAGGAGAGACGUGGACAUUCUUCACAUAAUCCCGAAUCCAUUCCCUCAAAUAUGGCACACAGCCCGCGACGAUAUGACAGCGCUGGAUUUCAAUACCAUAGACAACCUUAACAAGAUCUUUCGAGUUUUCGUGGCUGAGUAUCUUCAUUUAACACCCUAGCGCCGGUGGCGAUUUGAGAUGGCUGCCAUCUUAAACACAGCGGGUUAUUGAAGUGGACGUCUUGGCGCUUUAUCGUGAACAAUCUUAGAAUAUUAUAACAUGUAUUCUAAUUAAAAAUAAAUAUAAUAUCUAUUAUUAUUUAGACCAUAAACAUUUAUUACGACGGUAAGUAAAUACAGAGGCGCUGGCGCCCGAAUUAAAAAGCAGUUUUUAUUUUCUUUUUUAAUGGAACAUAUUUUUUUGUAUAAUAGUUAGGCGGACGAGCAUAUGGGCCACCUGUUGGUAAGUGGUCACCAACGCCCUUAGACAUUGUAAGAAAUGUUAAACAUCGCUUACAUAGCCAAUGUGUCAUCAACCUUGGGAACUAGAUUUUAUGUCCCUUGUGCCUGUAAUUAAACUGGCUCACUCGCCCUUCAAACCGAAACAACAAUAUCAAGGACUGCUGUUUUGCGGUAGAAUAUCUGAUGAGUGGGUGGUACCUACCCAGACGAGCUUGCACAAAGAACUAGCCACCAGUAAAAUUUAAAGUUCUUAUAUACUGUCAUAGAAUAUUUAUGGUGUGAUUGUUUUAAUGUGGUUGUGUAUCAAAAUGAAUACGCAAAUUCGUUAUAUAUAUAUUCGUUUUACAUAUAUACUUACACUUCGUAAAUAAGUAUUAUUACAAAAAUAUAUGGCGCUAAAAUAAGCUUGUUGUAAAAUGUUAUCAUGUGCAUGUAAAUAAUAAUUAAAGCCUAUGAACAAAACAAGGAAAAAUGCCUUUAAAUGUCUGCAUAUUUAACUAAUUAUGCUGUUUAUUUACAACCAGAAUAUUAAAAUAAAUUGAAUUAUUAUAAUUAAAGCAAAUGUGUUGAAUUUAUUGGUAUGGAUUCAGUGUUAGCAACCUAGGACUCCAAUCGUACUUUGGUAAAAAUUUUCGUACAAAAGUGUCAUUUAUAGUAUGAUUUUUUUUAUGUUGUAUCACCCCAGUGGU